AAUCUAACCUUGGCACUGCUCAAUUUCUUCAAGUACAAACUUACUAAAUUGAAGUUUAAUUUACAAGUAACUAGAUAAACUUAGAGAAAAUGGAACCAGAAAUUUUGCAUAGCGGCUACUUCCAUUCGCUUCUCCGGGAUUGGAAUUCACCUAAUACUAACAUAGGACCAGAACAUGUGAUUUACCCUGUAUUUAUAACGGAUAACCCCGAAGGUCUGGAGGAAAUAACUUCAUUACCCAAUCAAUAUCGAGUUGGUGUAAACAAGUUGAAAAAAUACCUUGACACACCUGUAAAGAAUGGCCUUCGUUCCGUAAUACUAUUUGGUGUUCCAAGUAAUUUAGAAAAGAAUGCUAUUGGUACUCAUGCUGAUAGUUCUGAAAAUCCUGUAAUUAAAGCUAUUCCUCUUCUAAAAAGCUGGUUCCCACAUUUAUUAAUUAUGUGUGAUGUAUGCUUAUGCGCCUACACUGAUCACGGACAUUGCGGUAUUCUUGAUUCGGACCAAACAAUCAACAACGAAAAAAGUAUCGAAAGACUUGCUCAAGUUGCACUCUCCUAUGCCCAGGCUGGUUGUCACGUAGUGGCACCAUCUGACAUGAUGGAUGGAAGGGUGGGAGCCAUCAAAGCUAAACUUAGACAAGAUAAUUUAGCAAGCAAAGUUUCGAUUUUGAGUUAUAGUGCAAAGUUUGCGUCGUCUUUUUACGGACCAUUCAGAGAUGCCGCUAAAUCAGCUCCGGGUUUCGGAGAUCGACGAUGCUAUCAAUUACCAGCAGGUAGUAGAGGUCUAGCUAUGAGAGCGGUUGAUAGAGACGUGAAAGAAGGUGCUGAUAUGCUUAUGGUCAAACCGGGACUAGCAUAUCUGGAUAUAGUCCGACAAACCAAAGAUAAAUAUCUAGAAUAUCCGCUGGCUAUUUACCAAGUUUCAGGCGAGUACGCUAUGAUGUGGCAUGGUGCUAAAGGAGGAGCUUUUGAUCUUAAGAGUAUCGUGUUUGAAACGCUAAUGUCUAUGAGGAGGGCCGGUGCGGAUAUGAUAUUAACCUAUUUUGCGCCAAAUAUUCUUGAAUGGCUGAAAAAAUAA